UCUGUUUCCUCUUUCCUGUUGCCUAAUCAUCAGGUCUCUGAAGAAGAUUUGGAAAGCCUCAGAACACUGGAGGGAUAAAGUAAAAACCUAAAGUUCCAGUGAGAGAGAAAAGUGGGAGAAAGCAGAGCUGCAAAAUGCAGAAAAAAGAGGAAGAGGACAGGCACUCCUGAAACUUUCCUAUGGAAGCUGCUUUCUUCUCCACUCUGAAGAUAAAGAAACACUCUACAGAUGGCCUCAGCAGACUUCAUGCCAGGCCCAGUGUGUCUCAUUGAGAACACUGAAGGGCAGCUAGUGGCCAAUCAGGAUGCUCUGAAUAUCCUGUCCGCUAUUACACAGCCUGUCGUGGUGGUGGCUAUUGCGGGCUCCUCCCGCACAGGCAAAUCCUACCUGAUGAACAGGCUGGCUGGGGAAAAAGAGGGCUUCUCUUUGGGAUCCACAAUGCAGUCUCACACCAAGGGAAUCUGGAUGUGGUGUAUGCCUCAUCCCAAGAAGCCAAACCACACCUUGGUUCUGCUUGACACAGAGGGCCUGGGAGAUGUAGAGAAGGGUGACAACCAGAAUGACUCCUGGAUUUUUGCCCUGGCAAUCCUUCUGAGCAGCACCUUUGUAUACAAUAAUACGGGAACUAUCGACCAGCAGGCCAUGGACAAACUACACUAUGUGACAGAACUGUCAGAUCAAAUCAGAGCAAAAUCUUCACCUAAUGAUAGUAAGGUAGACGACUCAGACAACUUUGUGAGCUUCUUUCCAGUUUUUGUGUGGACUUUGAGAGAUUUCUGCCUGGACCUAGAAGUAAAUGGACAACCCAUCACUGCUGAUGAGUACCUAGAGCGGUCACUGAAGCUAAAACAAGAAACUGAUCCAAAAAGCAAAAGCUUUAAUGAGGCCCGACUGUGCAUCCAAAAGUUCUUCCCAAAGACAAAGUGCUUUGUAUUCGAUCGGCCUACUCAGAGGAAAUACCUUAAACAUCUGGGGCAGCUACAGGACAAAGAUCUGAACCCUGAAUUCACAGAACAAGUUGCAGAAUUCUGUUCCUAUAUCCUAAGCCAAUCCAGUGCCAAAACGAUCUCGGGUGGCAUCACUGUCAACGGACCCCGUCUACGGAGCCUGGUGCAGACCUUUGUUAAUUCCAUCAGCAGUGGAGACCUGCCCUGCAUGGAAAAUGCAGUCCUAGCCAUGGCUGAAAAACAGAACUCAGCUGCAGUGCAGAAGGCCAUUGCCCACUAUGACCAGCAGAUGGGCCAGAAGGUGCAGCUACCCACAGAAACUGUCCAGGAGCUGCUGGACCUGCACAUGGCCAGUGAGAGAGAGGCCAUCAAAAUCUUCAUGAAGAAUGCUUUCAAGGAUGUGGACCAUUCAUUUCAAAAGUUACUGAGGGACCAGCUGGAAGCAAAGCGCGAUGACUUCUAUAACCAGAAUAUGAAAGUAUCAUCAGACUGUUGCAAGGCUUUACUUCAGGAUAUUUUUGGUCCUCUUGAAGAAGAUGUGAAGCAGGGGACAUUCUCUAAACCAGGAGGUUACCAUCUCUUUAUUCAGAAGAUAAAGGAGCUGAAGGAAAAAUACUAUCAGGUACCCAAAAAGGGAAUACAGGCAGAAGAGAUGCUGAUAGAAUACUUGCAGUCCAAGGAGGAUUUGGCAGUUGGACUUGUGCAGAAUGACCAGUCACUCACAGAAAAGGAAAAAGAGAUUGAAGUGCAAUGCAUAAAGUCUGAAUCUGCAGAAGCUGCAAAUAAAAUGUUGUUGGAAACAAAAAAGAAAAAUGAGGAAAUGAUCAAACAUAAAGAUAAGAGUUUUCAGGAACAUCUGAAACAAUUGACUGAGAGGAUGGAGAAGGAGAAGGCCCAGUUAAUGGCAGAGCAACAGAGGAUCUUAGAUCUUAAACUUAAGGAACAGACCCAAAUUCUCGAGGAGAUAGGGAAACGGAUGAAUGAACUUCAUAGAGACUUGCGGUAUAGCCGAAGGAUGUACAAAUCAACAUGUAACAUACUCUAAAAAUCCAAAAAAUAAAAUUUCUGUACCCAACUCCCUCUCCCCAAGGAACAAAUUGAUCGAACAACUUCAAAAUAACAAACAAUUGCUACUAAACUAAACUUGAAGUCAUGGUGCUUGCAUACUGGUUGAGCGAUAAAAUUUGCAAAGUGAAGGUUAAAUGUGAAGGUAAUGGCCUAAAUCCUAAGUGAUUCUAUUAAUACUGGUUCAUAUUAUUGAUUAAUAUGAUGUUAACUGGAUGCUUUAUUUGUAAUCAUGCUCAUAAUUCUAGAGAGAUAUUAAAUUGUGUAGUUGUGAUACAUUUUACAAUGGGAGAGAUCAUGCAGGUUCUGUAUGGAGUAGACAUUUUUGUCCUCAUAUAGACCACCCUUCUAGAUAUUCUCAGCCCCACACUCUUACUCAAGGAUUUACUUUAGUCCUAGGAUAGGAUUGGAGUGUUGCAAACAGGAAAAAUCUGAUAAGAUUGAACAAAACCAUGAGGCACAGCUGAACUUCUGCUAAGUUGUCUUUCGAUCACAUGCUGCUGCAAAUAAGGGAGAUCUGAGACACUUAACUUGACGUCAGGGUGCAGGCAGUUUACAGUUUUAGCUGGUUGGAGUCUGCAUGAUCUGUGGGCACUCAAGGGACUCCUGGGCACUGGCAGAGGAGGUGGUCCCCUGCACAGAAGGCACGGAUGAGUGGAGGUCCUAUCUUCUCUGUGUGGGUAGCUCUCUAGAUAAAUAUGGCCCAGUGUCAGGUCUCCUAAAUCUCUCUCUUCCCCUUUUCUAAUUUCUCUUUUUAGUCUUUUCCAUUCUUUCAGUUUAGAAAAUAACUUCUAUAAUCACAGAAAGGGAAACUUUAACUUAAACUCAAAUAUAUUCCUUCUCAUUCACCUAAGGACCAUGACUAUAAUACACAAAACCUGAAACUUAACUCCGUUUUUCUUUGUGCCCCUCUGUUAUGACAUCUUAUCUUUGAAGUCACACAGGUUAAAAGUUUUGCUAGGAAGAACCAGAUGACAGAAGGAAAAAUUAAGAAUAAUUCAUUAACACAAAAAAAAAACAUGAAUCUACCAGAAUUGUUUCAAAAUUUCUAUGUUCAGGACUCUUUAUGGCAAGUCACAGA